AUGGGCAUCUCGCUGGGAGUGACUUUGACCACGACGGACGACGCAAGCACCUGCAUCGCAACGAAUUACAACGGUGUUGGUUGUCGAAACAAUGGGACUGACUACACCACGUUGACAUUUAGGAACGGGGCGCGCAACGUCCCCCUGUGGGAAAUAUUGCGAUGCUGUACGGCUGCGCCUUACUACUUCACACCUCACCAUAUUGCCGGGACGGGGACGUUUCAAGAUGGCGGGCUGGCUUUCAACAACCCGGCAGCGAUCGCGCUGAAAGAAGCCGGGUUGCUAUUCCCCACGCCAACGGAACUGAGCAUCGUCGUUUCUUUGGGCACUGGCUCCACGAGUCAAAAGCGCAGCGGCGAUGGCGGGUCGCUUUGGAGCAGUUUGUUCCCAGCGCGGCUGUUUCGAGCCUUUUGGAGACAGAGUGAUUCCGCGGCUGCAUGGGAACAGCUUUUACGUCAUCAGAAGCUGGAGAAAAGAGGAGACUUCUUCCGCUUCGACGUUCGCUUCGGGGCAGACCAACCAGCCUUGGAUGAUGUAGGCAGCAUGCGGGAGGUGGCGAGGAUGGCACGCGAAAUCGCCUUAGGCUCGACGGAAAUGAGACGUCUUGCCAAAUGCUUUCGUGCGAAUCUGUUUUUCCUGGAGCUGGACACGGGCUCUCCGCUCAUUAUGCGUUGUGGCACAUAUCAUUGUACGGGAAGGCUAAGGUGCCGGCUACGGGCGGAAUCUGAAGAGCUGCGUGUCCUUCUCACCCAGCUGCAUCGUUCCUCUGCCGUCUUCAAGUGCCAGGGGCAGGCGCCUCUCGCAGCGUCGAGCGGCGGAGACGGCAGUUCCGACGCCAUCCGUUUUGAGAAGGACAUUGCGGUCGAGGUGCCUGACCUUCAGCACGCAUUUUCGAUCACACUCGAAGAGGAGUCCACGGCAUCCAACAUCAGCGGGUCUCCGUUUACGUUAGACCGAUUGCAGAAGCAGCAACGCCUCUAUGCACCGUUCGGAACUGCCUACCAUCGCGAACGCCACUUCGCAUGCAAAUGA